CCAGAAAGCUAGAGUUACCCCUUAUAUGCAUGGUAUGGUAUAUCAUGUUCCUCACUUCAUGAGAAAGCACACAGGAGUAAAGCAAUUUACAGGUCAAGGUGUGGAAAAAAAUAAUGAUGAUUGUAGAAGGAUUCAUCUACAAAAAUCCAAUAAAUGGGAUGCUGCAAAAGAUGUUUUGCUUGUAAGCAAAAGACUUGAGGCUCUGGCCUCAUAUGAAAGAACCCCAAGAUCCUAUCUUAAGAGAAAUGCAGAAUACUGGGGAAAAGAAAUUAAGGAAAAGCGGGCCAAACAAAAAUUGUCCACAAAAACCACAAGAAUGUGUGAAGAGGAAGAGCCAAACACAGAAAACAUGUCACCAAAACAGUUAAAAGAUGCCCUUAAACAAAUGGGUGUCAUUACACGUGUAAGAAAUGUAAAGCGUCUACAAGAAUUAUAUGUUGAUGCUAUGAGAGAACAACAAAAAUAGAUUAUCGGUACUUGAAAUGUCCUAAACUUGAGCUAAUAUUAAUACAUUAGUUAUUUAAUCAAUUCAUACAGUAAGCAAGGUGUCAGCACUACAAGCCCUUUUGGCCAUAGUUAUGCACAAUUUCUCAAUAGGCAUUCUUGGUGCAGGUAUGGGCUUGCCAUUACAAUCACU